AUGGCUUCAUCCGAACUUCCCAACGUCAAGCUCUUCUGGCUCGAGAAGUCUCGCUCUCAGCGUAUCCUCUGGCUGCUCCAGGAGCUCAAGUUGCCGUAUGAGCUGGAGAUUUUCCACCGUAACAAGCAGACAUUCCUCGCCCCUCCAGAGCUCCGAAAGAUUCACCCUCUGGGCAAGUCGCCUGUGAUUCAGAUCACGCCCGCUGGUGCCGGGGCAGACGCUGAGCCUAUCACUUUGGCUGAGAGUGGUUUCAUCACCCAGUACCUCACAGAGAAUGUGCCUGAAGGCCAGAGGCUGCUUCCCCCGCGAUGGAAGGAGGGUAUGGAAGGAAAGAUUGGAGGCGAAACUGAGAUGUGGAUGAGAUAUCAGUACUACCUUCAUUACUGCGAGGGUACUCUCAUGCCCCCUCUGGUCAUGGCUCUUGUUGUCAGCAUACUCAAAGGACCCAAGGUUCCUUUUUUCAUCCGGCCUAUCUCGACAUUGCUGGUCAACCAGCUCUUUGCCCAGUUCAUCUUCCCCAACCUACAUGCCAACCUGAAGAUGAUUGAGGGCCAUCUGGCUACCUCAGGCGGUGACUACAUCUGCGGACCUUCGCUGACGGCUGCGGAUAUUCUUCUCAGCUUCCCAUUGAUUGCUGCUGAGCCUGAACUUGAUAAGUUUGGGACCUUUGAGGGAGAGUCUUGGAAGGCCGAGUUCCCCAAGGUGGCGGCGUAUGUCGAGAUGAUCAAGAACGAAGAAGGCUACAAGAAGAGUGUAGAGAAGAUUGUUGAGAUUGACGGCAAGUUCAAGGCCUCUUUCCUCAACACGUUAACUGAGCGACAAAUUGCAACUGUAUCUACAACUGCAUCUGCAUCUGCAACUACAGCUGCCAAAAAGAUGAACGCAUCUCGUACAGUCUGUUCAAGAUGCUCAUCGCAGUUGCGAUCAGCUUCAGUCCCGGCCUCGGCCUCAGCCAAGCGGCUUGGGGCUGCUGCUGCUGCUGCUGCUGCUGCUGCCUCUUAUUCCACUGCAACUGAGACCCCAGACAUUUCAAGGUCGCAACCAAACAGCAACAGCAUGGACAAAAGAUCACGAUAUCACGGCCAAAGAAAAGGAGUCAACGCUUUUAGAGAGAAGAAACAACCCGAUGAGGACCCGGCAUUGGCCCUCUUCAAAGAGGUUGUGAGCCCCAAGGAUGUCGUCGAUACUACUACCAGCGACACAACAACCUCCGUCACUUCGCCAAUGCCUAUUAUGAACGAACUUGAGAUUGUCGAUUCAAUCAACAAUUUAAUGAAGACAAGAAUGUCCAUGGAUAAACAAUAUCGGAUUUUCCAGGAUGAGAUCUGGCCAAGUAUCAAGGCGCUCGAAGGGCACAUCCCCAAACCAAUUUAUAUGGCCGCACUUGAAGUUCUUCGCAGACAACGCGACUAUAUGAUCGAAAAUGGCUAUUACCACAACAGUCUGGACGUAGCAGAGAAAUACUCUGCCCUUGGGAAUUAUGAUCUCAGCAUUAGGAACGAUCUCAUCCUGAGUAUCUGUUGCAGGACCGUACUGGUAAAGAACUUGUCAAGGGACCGCGCUUUGGUAAGAACGGAGCUUCUCAACUUGUGGAAACAUGUCUCUCGACUCAAGAGACCCAGCGAAGUCGGCCAAUUUCUACGAUUCGCGCUACCUUCUGCGACAGAGGUCUUGAAGGAUACUGAGAACGUCAAGAGUGAUGCGUCGCCCAAGGAGCAGGCAGCGCGUGCCCUGGCAUCCAUGUUUCUUCAAUUUCCACCUCCGCAAGCACAGGAUAUUCUUCCUGCGCUCUUGGCUACUACAGCUAUCUCAUCCGAUAAAAGAUACGCGGGGGCUGCCUUUACGAGUAUGCUGUCGCCCCUAUUUUUCCUCGUUAAGGCCGUGCUAUCAAAAUUCAGAAUCACGCAGGCUGAUGUUGAGGCCAUGUUCUCGAGGCCUUCUUCCGUCCCUUCUGCAAGACUGACGGAGCUCCAAGAAUAUGUUUUGAAUCAGUGGCCGACAGCGGUGAAGGCAAUCAGCGAGAUGCGAGGGACGAAGCAGAUUCACCACGACCCUGAGGCCCACAGGACUCUGAACAAUUUCCACAAGCAGCUGCGAACAGCCUAUAGGGGGCGCGACAAAGGCGCUAUCGGCUCUAUAUGGUACGAAAUGACAACGAAACUGCAAGACAGUCCAGCUUUCAGGGCUGAGCUAGCACAAGACCCAGAUUAUCUUGAUUUCUGGGUGUUCGUUUGGUGCGCAAUUCGUCGCCCCGCCCGGGUACAAGAAACUAUGAACCUGAUGAAGUCACUUGAGCUUGAGCCUACAGUCAGAACGUACACGAGUAUGAUGCAUGGAUGGAAGAUGUGCAAGGACAUUGCCAAGAUCGAAAUGCUCUGGGACCAACUGGUGAAGUCCGGUACGAAACUAGACAGUUUCAUCUGGACUGAGCGUGUCUCAGCUCUUAUUGAACUUGGGCAGCAUCAAAAAGGCCUCGAGGCACUCUCAGAACUAGUAGAGGAUUGGAAGCGAGCAGUCAAGAAAGGAAACACUGAUCAGGCCGUGGAGCCUAGCAUAGAGACUAUCAACGCUGCUUUCAAGGGUCUGUUACACACAGAUCCGAAAGCAGCACACGAACUGCUUGGAUGGGCUGCAAAGCAAGGUCUUGAACCCAAUACUCGUACCUACAACAUCCUUAUCCGCGAGACUCUUCGUCUGGGUCACCGUGAUGAGGUCGAGCAGCUUCUGCGCUCCAUGCAGCAGCACGGCAUCGAGACUGAUUCUGCGACAUUUACCAUUCUUCUCGAAGCUGUCAUCGGCAGCAUGCAAGAUGCCAGCGCUGAGGAGCAGGUUACUGCUAUAAAGUCUGUCUUCAGCGAUAUCGAGCAGGCUGGUCUCAAACCCAAUCUCGAAACAUACGGCAAGAUGCUAUAUGCCCUAGAUGGUCUUCCUAACUGCUCUGACGAUGUCAUUUCUGCUCUGCAGCAGCACAUGCGUCAAAGCGGUUUUGGUUCCGUUCUCACCCCACACAUGAUCACAAUCCUCAUUGAGCGUGCUCUUCGUCAUAACCCUCCGGAUAUCAACAAGGUCCGCUCUUUGCUCAAGGAGAACAAUCUGACAUCAGUGUCCACCGGCGAUCAAACGCUCUGGGAGCGUGUUACAACUGCCUAUGCCAUUAGCGGCAAUAUACAGGCAGCCAUGGCUAUAUUUGAUGACCUUGCUACCUCGGGUCGUCCUGUCACGUCACUUUCGUGUCUUACUGAGCUGAUGCAAGCGCUCCUCGGGCAUCGAGACAUGGAGUCUGCCCAGAGGGUUGUGGAUGUCGUGCUUAAGCAUAAACUUCACGACAAGGAGCACAAGGGUGCGAACCAAAGAUAUUGGAGACACCAUUUCUGGUACCUGGCUCAGCACAACGGCUUGGUAGACGGUCAAAAGCUGAAGCAGUUCUCUCGCGGAUAG